AUGAUCACACCAAUAGACGCCUCUGACUCCGCGGGAUAUGGUGAACCCUCACCCACCUGACAUAUUCCUCAGGUUGAACUUCAACGAACUCUGAUUGGAAGUUUCCACCGCAAAAAUUAUUUGCUCUCUUCUUCGUUGUUAAGUUUUCUUCCCACUCAUCCAUAAAAUAUCCAUAUCUGCAAUUCUUGAAGAAGGAGAGGAAAAGCUUUCUAAUUAUGGGCCAAAGUCUUGAUUCAAUGAGCCGAAACCAAUCCAAAGGAGAGAUGCUUUAUCAGCUUCUUAAUUCUGGGAAUGUUGAUGCUAUUAAAGCUCUUUGCAGAGAAGGUGCUAAUCUUGAGUGGAUUGACAAAGAAGGGAAAACUCCUCUCAUUGUGUCUUGCAUGGAUUCUGGGCUGUUCAAUGUUGCCAAAACUUUGAUUGAAAUGGGAGCCAAUGUCAAUGCUUAUCGCCCUGGGCGUCAUGCGGGUACUGCUUUACAUCACGCAGCAAAAAGAGGCCUGGAGAAGACUGCUCUAUUACUUCUUUCCAGUGGAGCAAAUGCUCUAGUGAGAAAUGAUGAUUGUCACACUGCUUUGGAUGUUGCAAGAAUAAAGGGGCAUACCAAUGUUGUCCGUGCUAUUGAGAAUCAUAUUUGCUAUUUCUCUGGAUGGCUAUGGGAGUUUCAUGGUCCUGGCUUUCUCGAAGCAUUAGCUCCUCCAUUAUUAUCUAGAAAAAUCUGGGUUGUUGUUACACCUUGUGGUUCCAGUAAUCCCAUGAAGCCCCUUAGGCUGGAGCUUGCCAUUUAUUCUACUAUGCAGGAUGCUCAACCUCGUACAGUCAUUGCUCUUUGGAAGGAAAAGAUUGAGGAGGCCAAAUUUCAUCAGUUGGAUCCAGGGCUCACUAUAUUUGAUAAUUCUACAAAAAAUCAAUACAAAUUUGUCUCAUCCAAUGAGGAUGACAAACAGCAGCUUCGCAAGUUGUAUGAUGCAUGCAGAGGAAUUCGUCAGAUUGUGCCUCCGCCAACUCACCAUGAUACUCAAAAUGCAUUUCCGGUGAAUAGACAACAAGCAUCUGCAGAAGCUCUGGACUUGGCAAUGGCAUUAAGUUCUUCCAUUCAGUCUGCAACAGAGGAAAGGCCACCACUUAAUACUCAACAGAUUCCAGAAGCAAUUAAUGCAAAUGGCUGGGGAAAUUCUCUACAUGGUGAGAGUCACAAUGGAUGGGGCACAGCUGUUGCAUCCACACUAUCCGAGGCAAGCAGCAGUGGAUGGAUAAACAAGGACGAAAAAGAAGACUACAAUGGAUGGGGUGUGCCUAUUUCUGGGCCACUUGGUAAUCAAGGUCAUGUAGAAAUCCAUGACAAAGCUACUACUGUUGUUCAAACAAGUGGUAUCACAAACUCAAUUCCAUCGGCUCCCCCAAUUCCUAAUGAGGUUUUAAAUGAUGGGCCAAUCCACUAUCCAGUAGUUGAUUUUAGUCCAGUGGAUUCAUUUGUUCCACCUGUAGAGCAUGGAACUUCUGUAACAAGUGAUGUGAAGGAUGGAGCUGGCUCUUCAUCAUGUAUAAUAUGUUGGGAAUCUCCCAUAGAAGGUGCAUGCAUUCCUUGUGGUCACAUGGCUGGUUGCAUGGCUUGUUUGAGCGAGAUCAAAGCCAAGAAAGGUGUUUGCCCUGUUUGCCGAGCAAAAAUAAGCCAAGUUAUAAGGUUAUAUGCUGUCUGAAAAGUGGACAUGAUUAUACUGGAUCUGUGAUUGGAUUAUGAACAUUUUUUUUGCUUAAAUUUUUUCACUUAUGAACUUGUGUUAUAUGUAUAUUGUUUAUGUUUGUGUUGAUUACUGAACAUUUCUUAAAGAACUGAAUACAACAUAAAUGUUCACAA